GUUUGCUUGGUGAACCAAUCGUGUAACAAUAUCGCAUGACAUUCUGCGUCCUGUGUCCGCUUAGCGCCCCUUUGUGGAGAUGAGUGGAGGAUGAGAACCGUUGGAGGCUUGAUUUUCGAGACCUGUCUUUCACAGAUGCGUUUGCGGGGGACCCUGGUUGGCAGGUUACUCCGUGAUCAGCUUUCCAUUUUUGGAUAGCAGGAGAGGAAUAAAUAGGGAGGGACUCCUUUCCUUUUCCUGUUGUUGAAAAAGACCUUUCCACUUCCCAAAGGGCGCCAUAGCCAAGGUUGAUACACAGGCCUCCCCUUGUCGAAGCCUCUGCACAAACCCCAACUAUCUUCCAAACUCAUCAUCAUGAAGACCACCCUCUUCCUCCUCGUCCCUCUCCUCUCUCUCACUCUCGCCCAAACUACGACGACACCUCCCUGCGUCGCUUCCUGCGAAAAAACAUCCGCCGCCUCGUCAACCUGUAACGGCAACGAGACCGGCGCCGCCCUUGACCAGUGCACCUGCGACUCGCUGAUUGGUACCAGCCUAAUUACCUGCAUCCAAGCGUGCCCCUCUUCCGAAAUCUCUGUCUUCGCGGCCGGUGUGCCGGCUCUAUGUAGAGGGACUUUGUUCCCCGGUGUGACUGUGAGUUCGUCGAGCGAUGGGGCUGCUCCAACAACGAGUUCGGGGGGGAGUGGCAGUGGGGCGACGACUACGAGUAGUGGGUCCCCUUCAUCCACAGCAAGUCCGUCAUCAUCUUCAACUGCCAAGUCAGGAGGCGGAACAGGUGCCGCUGUGCAGGGCAAGGUGUUGGAUAUUUCCUUAGUGGCUGCAUUCAUGGGUGGAGUGUUCACUCUGCUGAUGUUGUAAGCCAUUUCGAGGGGGAAUAAGGGAAGCGUAGGUUGGAAACAAACGAGUGUUGGUGUUAGGGACAGGAAGUGGGUGUUGUGAGAGGCCAUUUUGCGAGCAUAUAAGUAGUAAAAUACAUUUGUACUUUUGGGGAAUAGAUGAUUGCGUACCUGGAAACUGCCUGGAAACAGUAUCAGUGUUGCUCUCGCUCAACCUGGCAGAGGCCCGGCCUCGAGGCCCUCUAAAUAUUUCACGCCUCAGCGGCAUCAUCGCCAUGGAACAACAGAUACUGAGAAUGAAACAAUGUCCCUACAUCUCAAC